UUUCAAUCUACAUUCGUAAAAAAAAAGAAAAAUCAGACUGGGACGAAAUCGUGUUUAUUAAUGUGCAAAUAUAGACUCUGUGACUACUGCAAAAAAAAAAUGUGCAAUUGAUCUCACAUGGCUAACAUCUUUUUUUUCUGCACAUCAACUCUAUGAAUGUUGCUGGAGGAAAUAGCAGACGCCAAUAAAUAACUAAAUUUUCCCCGAAAAAUCUCUUUUUUUUUGUGUUUUUGCUCGCGGAUGUUGUUUUUAUUGUGGGGGAAAAACGGAGGAAUGAUCAUAUCUUAUUACAACACAAGCCCUUAACAAUCAUCACCAGAGAUACGGGAGUCUUCAUCGUAUGACAAUUUUUAGACGCUUAAAAAUACACAAGAAAGCGAGACGAUAAAAAGAAUUUUUUUCUUCUCUUAAGUAAAGUAGAAAUUCUCUUUUU